GGGGCGCCUACUUUAUCGGGUCAAAAAAAUCGAUUUUUUAAAAGUUGUCUUAACUGAAAGUACAACUAUCAGAGAAUAUGCUCUUAAAAUAUUACGUCAAAAUACAAAGUAUUUUUCGAGUUACAGCUUGUAGAACGCAAUAAAGCGCGUGGCCUGGCGCGCGACUCCACUCGCGGUCUCUAAUACUUUUCAUAAUUUGUUGCGCUUAUCUACUAUUACACCUACCAUUAAAAUUACCAUUUAUCAGUAAAAUGUCGUCUUAUCCAAGAUCUACCCAUAAAAAAAUAGUCGUUCAUCGAGGCCUGUGACUGCUAUAAGAAUUGUGGACCCUAGGUUGUACGCAAUGGGAAAAUUUCAGCAGCGAGGCGUUAUAUAUAUGGCGUUUAUUUUAUUAUUAAAUUCUAUUUUCAUUUAAUCAAAAAAUUAUAUUUCAAAGAUUUAAAUAUAUAAGAAAACAUACACUAAAUCUCGCAUCGAUUUAUUUAAAUGUGUUUGAGAAAAAAAUUCCUGAAAUGUACGCAGUUUUUUACCUUCUAAAGUAGGCGCCCCCCUUAAGACGCGAAGAAAUUUACAAUAUUUCAAUUGAUGACAUUCAAGAAGAUAAUAAUUCUCUUAUAUUUUCAAUUCCAAAAACAAAAACUGGUGAGUCAAAAUCAUUUGUUGUCAUGGGAGAGUUACGUAAUAUCAUUAAAGAAUAUCGUGCACUUCGGCCGGAAAAUGUUUCUAGUAAGAAGUUCUUAAUAAAUUACCAAAAAGGUAAAUGUACCAGUCAAGUGAUUGGAAUUAAUAAAAUAGGAAUCAUGCCGAAAAAAAUUGCUGCUUUUUUAAAAAAGGAGAAUCCUGACUCUUACUCAGGCCACAGCUUCCGCCGAACUUCUGCCACCCUACUCAUCGACGAUGGCGCCGAUAUCACAGAAUUAAAGAGACAUGGCCAUUGGAAAUCAACAUCAGUAGCUGAAGGAUAUCUUGGAGAAUCAAUUUCGAAUAAAAAAAGGACAUUUUCUAAAAUCACAGAGGCUAUUGAAGUAGAAAGACCUGCCAAAACACCUGCGUCAGUUAAUUCUGAUAAUACACCGAGAUUUCACUCAGCUUCAGUUCUUAGUUCAACUUCAGGGGAAAAAGAUAUUUCGUCACUAAUAAGCAAUGAUGAAAACAAUGCUUUGAACCACCAGAGAAACGCUAAUUGUAUUUAUAAUUUACACAAUUGCACGGUAAAUAUUGUUCAUAAAAGUGUAUAAUUAAAAAAAUCUAAAUGAUCGAGAAUAUUUUUUGUUAAUGUUUAAACAAUUUUAAAUGAAAAUUUAUGUCAUAAAUACCGACACAGUAUUUUUAACUUUGUGAUAUA